UUCAUGUCAAACACAGAAGUGAAAAUUUCAUUCUGCCUGACUCAUUUAUGAAGUUCUUGAAAAGCAGCAAACUCUGAUUUGUCUUAUUUCCAUGGAAGUGGUGUGAUAGGUUUGGUUGUGGCCAAUGUCUUCCCUUUGGCUCCUAAAUCUCUUGCUCCUCAUACAGCCGGCUUUUCAGGUAUCAGAUAGUGACAGCUUUCUGAUAUAUAAUGAAAACCUCAAGCUCUGUAUACAAUCCCAGAAAUCUGGUUCCAUCAUUGUGGACAACUGCGAUGAGGAUAAUGAGUGGCAACAUUUCAAGUGGGUUUCCGACGACCAGGUUCUGAACAUGGGAGUGAAGUUAUGCCUGGCAGUGCCUUCCAAGUCAAACCUGGUUGCACUCACCCUCUCCCCCUGUAAUGAAACGAGUGAACUUCAGAAAUGGGAAUGCAGAAAUGAGAGCCUCCUUGCACUCGAACAGGGGGAUUUGUUUUUAAAUCCCGAAGGUGGCCAAAAAAGUCGUCUUAUACUUUCUAAAGUAGCCACCAGCAAGAGUACCUGGAAGAUCUAUGGAACAAAAGACAGCCUGUGCUCUAAGGCCUAUGAAGCUCUGUAUACCUUAGAAGGCAAUUCUUUUGGAGCCCCCUGUAUGUUUCCAUUCAAGUAUCGGAAUGAAUUGUAUGCUCAGUGCAUAAGAGACAAUGAUGAACAUGGGCGACUUUGGUGCGGAACAACUGCAGAUGUGGAUAGAGACUCUUUAACCGGAUAUUGUCCAGUGAAAGAUGAUGAAUUCUUCUGGACCAAAAACCAUUGGACAGGGAAUCUCUACCAGAUCAAUUCCCGCUCAGCUCUAACAUGGUACCAAGCAAGAAAAAGUUGCCGGCAACAGAAUGCAGAAUUACUGAGCAUCACCAGUUUACAUGAACAAGCGUACCUGACAGGAUUAAUAAAUAGUAUGACUGCUGCCUACUGGAUUGGUCUGAUCAGCUUUGAUGCCGAGAGUGGAUGGCAGUGGGUUGGUGAUCGUCCUUUCAGAUAUUUAAACUGGGCUCCAGGGAGCCCAUCACCAGAAACAGAAAAAUUAUGUGGAUCAAUGCUGUCUAAUAAUGGCAAUUGGGAGAAUGAUAAGUGUCAUCAGAAACUUGGAUACAUUUGCAAGAAAGAAAACUCUUCAUUAGAUGUUUCUUUUAUUCCUUCAGAUGGCUUGAAACCAAUUAAAUGUCCAGAUGGCUGGGCUGCAUUUGCAGGUCACUGUUACUGCCUUAAAAGAGACCUUAAGACAUGGAAGAAUGCGUUAUGGUCCUGCAGAGAAGAAGAUGGAGAUUUAAUAAGUAUUCACAGCAUUGAAGAAUACAGCUUUGUCAUAUCUCAGCUUGGCUACCAGUCAACAGAUCUUCUCUGGAUAGGACUGAAUGACCAGAAGAUUCCGAAGUAUUAUGAAUGGAGUGAUGGUUCUACAGUGAGACUCACCAAGUGGCAGAAAGGAAAACCCGCACACAUAAAUGAUGAGCAAAGUGCCUGUGUCAUUAUGAAUGGGGAGAGUGGAUAUUGGGCAGAUUAUUUCUGUGAAGAGGAACUUGGCUUCAUCUGUAAAAGAGAACCGCUGGGAUUUCUUCCUGAAGAACCUGAAAAUGCUGAUCCAAAUUGCAAGAAAGGCUGGAAAAGGCAUGGUUCCUAUUGUUACUUAAUUAGCCAAACAUCUGCAACAUUUUCAGAAGCAAAUACAUUCUGUGAAACAAAUAAGGGAUCACUGGCUUCUGUGGAGAACAGAUAUGAACAGGCCUUCCUGACUAGUCUAAUUGGGCUUCGUUCUGAAAAAUAUUUCUGGAUUGGCCUUUCAGAUGUACAGCAACAAGGGACAUUCAAAUGGAUCAAUAGAGACAAUGUUCUGUUCACUGACUGGAAUUCAGGAAUGCCUGGGGAACAAUCUGGCUGUGUAGCCAUGAGAACUGGCACUGCAGCUGGACUGUGGGAUGUUGUGAACUGCAAGGAGAAGGCAGCCUUCAUCUGCAAAAAAUGGGCAGAAACUAUGACAACAACUCCUGCCCCAUCAACAAUUCCCCCACCCCCAUGCCCAGAAGGAUGGCUUCAAAGCCCUUACAGAAGUGUAUGCUUUAAAGCCUAUACAAGUAACAUGCUAACUUGGUUUGAAGCACGAGAUUUUUGUAGAGCAAUUGGAGGAGACCUAGCUUCUGCUAACAGCGAAGAAAAGUUUGGUUUGUACCAUCAGUUUCGACGUAAUUGUUGGGUUGGUUUAAUUAAGUUGGAGCCUGAUAAAGGAUUUACUUGGAGUGAUGGAUUUCCUCAGGUAGACUAUGAACCGUAUCUGUAUUCUUCACGUCAUGUCAGAGACGAAGGAUGUGUAGCAGCGUAUAUACGUUUUAUGGGGCUGGCACUUUCCUCGUGUGAGAAUGUGUUUUGUUGGAUUUGCCAAAUAAAGAGAGGUGCACAGUUAAAACCGGAACCACGCAGUGAUAUUGAAUAUUUGUUCAGAAGAAUUGAAGAUGGCUGGAUUGAGUACAAGGGCAAGGAGUACUAUUUCAGUAAUGAACAGACAUCUCUCGAAAGAGCACGGGAAUUCUGCAAGAAACAUGGAGGAGAUCUUACUGUCAUUGAAAGUCGCAGUGAAUGGCAAUUUGUGUGGAGAUAUAGCAAGUGUUAUGGAUCUGCUUAUUAUAUUGGUUUAAUUCUGGGACUCGAUAGAAAGUUCAGUUGGUUGGAUGGAACUCCAGUGACCUUUGCAAUGUGGGCACCCAAUGAACCCAACUUUUCAAAUGAUGAAGAAACCUGUGUCUACAUGAAUCGUGAUUCAGGCUUAUGGUACGACAUAAACUGUGGUACUAAGAACAGAUUCAUCUGUGAAAGGCAUAACAGUUCUGUCCGUUCAACUCCUGCUCCCACAACGCCUGCACCUGUUGGGGGCUGUGCUGAUGGCUGGCUUUUCUUUGAUAAAAAGUGCUUCCAGUUUUUUGGCUUGAAUGAAGAAGAAAGGAAAAACUGGUCCGAUGCACGAACUGCUUGCAGAAAUCUAGGAGGAAAUCUGGCAACUAUACCGAACAAAGCUACACAAGCAUUUUUCAUGGUGCACUUAGAAAGUGCCUCAAUUGAUCCAUGGAUUGGACUGAACGAUAUUAUUAGGGAAGAGAGUUUUCUAUGGACAGAUGGAAGUGAGGUCUACUAUACAAACUGGGCCAGUGGUUUUCCAAGUUAUGGAGACUGUGUUUUUAUUAUUAAGAGGACUGGAAAUUCAGGAGGAAAGUGGAGAGAUGGACCAUGUUCUGCCAGGAAAAGCUACAUCUGCCAAAGAAACUCUGAUCCCGCAUUACCAUACUUUGAAACAACAAUUCCAGCCUCAGGCUAUUUCCAUUUUGGGAAUAGCAGUUACUUUUUCAUUGGCAACAAAAUGACAUGGGAAGACGCCAGGAAAAAAUGCAAUUCUGAACAGUCAGAGCUUGCCAGCAUUUGGAAUCCCUACAUUGAAUCAUUCCUAUGGCUAAAGGUGUUGAAAUAUGGAGAGCCUGUGUGGAUUGGUCUAACUAGCAACACGAAUGGUGAGCAGUACACAUGGAUAAACAACCGGAGACUGAUGUAUACUAACUGGGCACCUGAAGAGCCAAAGCACAAAAUAGCCUGUGUCUUCAUGGACCUUGAGGGUCAUUGGAAAACAGGAACUUGCAAUGAAACAUACUUAUUUAUCUGUGAGCAGCAUCACGGUGCAUUCCCAACGGAGGCACCACAGCUGCCAGGAAAAUGCCCUCCUCCACCAGAAGAUGACGGGAGAGCUUGGGUUCCUUUUCGGGCUCAUUGCUAUAAAUUCUACCCUGCUUGGGAACCUUGGUGGCAAACGGCCUUCAGAUGUUCUUAUUUUGGUGGCACCUUGGCUUCAAUAGAAGAUUUAGCUGAACUGGAUUUUUUGUUGGAGUACACUCGGCAAUUCAACAAGGAAAAUUUUGGAUUGGAUUGUUCAAAAAUAUAGAUGGAGAAUGGAUGUGGAAAGAUAAAACUCAAGUGGGUUUUGUCAAUUGGAGAGGCGAAGAACCUGCAUUCAAUCCUCAAGCUUUUCGGGAUCAGAAAUGCAUUGCCAU